AUGUCUUCUCCAACCGACAGUGACAAGGCACCGACUACCAUCGACGUCGAGAAAUCACAUACCUUUGAUGGGCAAGGAACAGAGGAAGAUCCUUUUGUUGUAGAAUUCCUUAAAGAUGACCCGGAAAACCCCAUAAAUUGGGGAAAGUUUAGGAAGUGGUUGAUUACAACUAUUGUUACUCUGUCCGUCUUUGCAGUCACGUAUACCUCCUCGGCGUACUCUGUCUCUUCCCGGGAGAUCAUUGAAGAAUUCAACAUUAGCAAUGUGGUAUUCAUCAUCGGUGUUACUCUUUACGUGCUUGGUUUUGCAAUUGGCCCUGCACUAUGGGGUCCCUUGCUUUACGGACGACAAAUUCUUUGGAUAAUAUCCCACAUUGCCAUGGUGGGAUUUAUUGGAGGCUCUGCUGGAAGCAAAAAUAUCCAAACGCUCCUCAUUCUGAGAUUCUUCGGUGGCACAUUUGGAGGCUCACCUCUGACCCGGAUUGUGGAAUAG